UCGCUUCACGCUCCAACAGCGUCAUCCAAUCGCAGAGCCGCGAACCGACGGGUCACCGUGGGAAACAACGCCGACGAGCACCACUCGUCGCCCCCCCCCCCCCCCCGGUGCAGGAGGGAAGAGAAAGCCGCGGAGGAACGUAGAGCGGCGCUUCAGUGUGUGUAUAUGUGUGUGGUUUUUUUUUUUUUAAUGGCCGAAGGAGACCGGGUCGGUGACCGUCGUUCCGUUCGUUCUCGAUGCGGUCGGGACCGCAGCUAGCUCGUUGCGGCCGCGUUGAUGCAGCAGCAGCGCGCGGCUAAAUCUACCACCGGAUCCGGGAAGACAAAAGGUGAACUGGACCCCCCCCCCCCCGCACCGAAGACAAACCGCGACCCUGAGAGCCUGCGCCCGCUACCGUCACUAGCGUCCGCUUGAGGGAAUCAGCGCCUGAGAGCGGAGUGACAGCCGGCAGUCGGGAUGGCGGCCGUGGUGAACUACUCUCCGCCUUGGUGGGUGAACCUGCUCCACCGGAUGCCUCAUUUCAACACGGAUUUCCAGCUGGUCAGCGGGGACUUCAGACCGGAGGACUCUGAGUACCAGAAGUCCGUCCUGCUGCUCGGGGCGGUGGCGCUGCUGUGCCUGGGCCUGGACCUCCUCUUCCUCCUCUUCUACUCGUUCUGGCUCUGCUGCCGGCGGCGCAAGAGCGACGACUCCUCGCACUCCCACACGCACGCGCAGCAGCAGCCCAGCGCCGACUGCUGCUGCACCGCCUGGUGCGUCAUCAUCGCCACGCUGGUCUGCAGCGCCGGCAUCGCUGUCGGUUUCUACGGGAACGGCGAGUCGAGUGACGGGGCGAGCCGGCUGGCGUACUCCCUCCGCCACGCCAACCGCACCGUCUCCGGGGUGGAGAAACUGGUGUCGGACAGCGCCCUCGCCUUGAACCAGACGGUGGAGGAGAACUUGGUCCAGCUGGAGACGGCCUUCCAGGAGCAGACCGACUACGUGUCCAUCGUCCAGAAGCUGCAGGGACAGCUGGACGAGCUGGUGAGGCUGAUGGCCGACGUUCCCUUCUGGUCCAACACGGACAUUUCCCUGGAGGACUUGGCCCACAAGACGGAGGCUUUCGAUUUCUACAGGUGGGUGGGCUACCUCAGCCUGCUGCUGUUUGACGUACUCAUUUGCCUUCUGGUGCUCUUCGGCCUGAUACGCAACUCUAGAGGCAUUCUGAUUGGAGUGUGUCUGCUCGGUGUUCUGACUCUGAUAAUCAGCUGGGGGUCUCUCGGGCUGGAACUGGCUGCCGCUGCUUCAGCCAGCGACUUCUGCGUCUCCCCGGAUACCUACGUCACCAGGGUAACCAAGGAGAACGAUGUCAUCAACCAAGAUAUCUUGCAGUAUUACCUGAGGUGCAGCCCCGGCCAAAUUAACCCCUUCCAGCAGAGGCUCUCAGGGAGUCACAAGGCCUUGGUGGAGAUGCAGGACGAUGUGGCAGAGCUGCUGAGAUCAGCAACACGUGACUACGCCAGCACCAAGGGGACGCUUGAGCAGAUCCAGGCCGUGCUGAACUCCACCGAGGUGGGUCUUCACCAGCUGACCGCCCUGGUUGACUGCCGCAGUCUACACAUGGACUACGUGCAGGCUCUGACCGGGCUGUGUUACGACGGGGUGGAGGGUGUCAUCUACCUGGUCCUCUUCUCCUUCGUCACCGCCCUGAUGUUCUCCUCCAUCGUGUGCAGUGUGCCGCACACCUGGCCCGGCAAGAGGACGGACGAGGAGGACGGAGAGGACGAGUCGGGCGCGUCGCGGGGCGGCGUGCACGAUAACCUGUACCGCGUUCACAUGCCCAGCCUCUACAGCUGCGGCUCCAGCUACGGUAGCGAGGCUAGCCUGCCCGCCACGGCCCACACUGUCAGCAAUGCCCCCGUCACUGAAUACAUGAGCCAGAACGCAAACUUUCAGAACCCUCGGUGUGAGAACACCCCCCUGAUUGGCAGGGAGUCCCCUCCACCCUCUUACACCUCCAGCAUGAGAGCCAAGUACCUGGCCACCAACCGACCAGACCAGAACCGACGCUCCGUUCCCAACGACCAACUGGACCCGAACAGCCGGGCUCACCCGGCGGCCCGACCCCAGUCCUCAGUCCACUAGGGACCACACCCCCCCCCCCCCCCAGUCCAACAAAGUACUGCCUAAAUCCAGUGUUCACAGCCAGUAACAACACCCCAGAGGCCCCCUGCUUCUCGCCCCGGAUCAUCAACCGGUUGAGGAAGCCGAAGCCCGUCCCAGACGACCGCAAUUUGUACUCGUGCCGAGCGUGAGUCCAAAGUCCCACAAUGCAAUGCACCACGGCUCUGGGAUGCUCCUGUUUCUUCUUCUUCUUCUUCUAAGUUCUGAUGAUCUCCCGCUCCAUUGGGAUCUGUGCACUGCCCUCCAAAGCGGAGACAGCCCCCCCCCCCCCCCCCCCCCCCCCCGGGAUCACACACACACACACACACGCUGUACAGACCUGUAAAUAGUAAACGUGUACUCUGAUUGAGAAGUAGACCGUUAAAUCAUUACUGGUAAUGUGGUGUGCUGCGUGUUUACAAUGGAAGUAUUUAGCUGUCCCUCACACACACACACACACACACACACACACACACACACACACACGUGUAUAUAUGAUAAGCUGGUGAAUUAGAAAGCCAUGUUUCAAUAGAAAACCACCACAAUCACACCCGCUUUAGCUUAACAUCGUCAUCUAACUAAGACUUGAACCGUGAGCUCAAAGUGUGUCUGCAUCUCUCUGUAUUUGUGCACGUGUAUUCAAAGUGCACGUGUAUUCAAAGUGCACGUGGCGCUCGGCGGACGUGGACUGAUUUUGAAUCUCGGGAGUGGAAGCGAGAGAGACGAGGGACAUCAGAAGGGUCAAAAUGUGCCAAAAAACUCUGAAUGCCCGAUUCUGUCCUCGUCUCGCCGAAGGUUUUCCUCCAGCUGUAAAAGAAAAGGGAAAAGACUUGAAAAAAAUAAAAAAGCAAACCAUGCAGAGAAAUGGGAAAGAACUUCCCACUCGCCACGGGAGCAGAGGACGCUCGGCGCUGGGGAGGCGUCGUCGUUUCACUGCGUUCAUUUCUUUCAAUGUUUGGCGUCCAUUCAGGGAUGUGAUCAGGAACAGUUCAAAGCAGUAAAUAUAAAACACCUCCAACAAUCUCCCUGAUAAAUAAUGUUACAUCAAAAGCUGAAUUCAUGUGACGUGAUACUGUGACCAAGUAGUAUUCUGUUUCUUCUUCUAUACACUUUUAUUUUGUUCCCUUUAAUUGACCUUUAAGCAUCAGUCUUUCUUGUCUUUUGUUUUUUUUUACCCACAAGCACAAACUCUUGGAGACUGAAGAAGUAAAAACACACUGCCAGUAAAACUUCAAAAACUGUAUCCGUAAACCCGCUUGUGUGUGUGUGUGUGUGUGUGUGUGACUUUGCUGCAGCGUGAUUGGCUGUUGCUCUCAGUGUUACUGUGUGUGAGUCGAUGGCACGCCGCUGACACACACACACACACACACACACAGUUUGCCACCCUGCUCCCGUCUCGUUCCCCGUUCACACCUUGAGCCGCAGUACCUGCACGCCAACCAUUUGCAUUCUGGGUAAUGAUUAGUAGGUCGUGUCGUAGCCACAUUUCAGACACCGUUCCUGUACAGCAUUUUAAUAUUCUACUAUUAAUCAAUGACCACUUCUCGUAUAAGCGAGACAAUCUUGUUACUAGAGAAGCGUCCAUGUUAUGGUAACAAUGCUACCGAUGGUCUAGUACUUUACUGAAGGGGCUUCUUUCUGUUGUUUUUUUUUUUUUUUUUUAAUUGCACCAUAAAUGCAAACAAUGUUAGGAUCUGUUGGACUAGUCGCGGAUUAAUGGCCUUUUUCGUAACGUUUUUAAAACUCUUACAACACUCUUCAUAUCACGUUUUCUUUUUCUCUCUCUGUCUUGUAAAAAAAAAAAAAAAUAAAGUCAAACUUUAAAGGUAAAACAAUAGCUAGCUGUUUUUUUUAGGAGAACGAAGGCGAGAGCAGCGUUUUUUUUCCUCUCUUAUUAAUGGUGAAUGACUCUCUGUCUUGCAAUGUUUUAAUAAAACUAUUCCAGUGUCGUCUGCA